AUGGACUUUGUCAGGACACUGCUCCCGCCAGGAAAGGGCGUGCUGCCCUACUACAUGCUCGUUGUAAGCUUCCCGCUCCCUCGCAAGCCGACGUGCCCAAAGCGCGAACUGACUUCCAAGCUCUCCGUCUUGUCCAUCGGCAACUCUCUCCAGGCGUACGCCACGCUGCACUUCUCGCGCCGCGUCUACAACGGUCGCUUCGUACGGAACAGCAAGCUGCCCCCGGCAACGGCCGAGUACAACCCCGAGGAUGCCGUUGACAAGCUCGUGCCGGCAACGGUGCAGAGCGAUCCCAAGGCCACGGACCAGAUGACACCCCUUGCCGGCCGUCUCUUCGGCACCUGGACGCUCAUCACCUGCAUCGUGCGCUGCUACGCCGCCUACCACCUGCAUAUCGGACCCGUCUACAACAUUGCCGUCUGGACCUACGUCGUUGCGCUGGGGCACUUUGCGAGCGAGCUGUUUGUCUUCAAAAGCAUGACGUUGGGCCUGCCGCAGAUUUUCCCCUUGACCCUCGCGAGCUGCGCGCUCAUCUGGAUGCCCAUGGUCCGGGGCUACUACGUCGAGGGCCACUGA